ACCCUGGACGACCGUGAUCUAGCCGAUCAGCUCGCGUUGCUACGUAUCUCGGAUGUCGAUGCGUUGGAAGAGGUACUGCGGGCGAGGCAGCGUGCGAAGAACCGUCAGGGACGUGCACACUUCGGAUCGAGCAAGUAUCGACAGAAGGCCGCCAGCUCCGACGCUACGAAGUCAGCUCCAACGCGCAAGGUGCAAGCCGUCGUGACCACGAACCAGCCAGACAGCGACAGCGACACUGGUCUUAGUGGAUCGGAGUCAGACGGUGAUCUACGCCAGAUCUACUGGCCGCAACAGAAGGAGAAUCGAAGACCCAAGUGA